CUACAAGAUAGAUAUAUUGUUAUUAUUAUUGAUUUAAAUUGAUAAAACUGAUUUUGAAUAAUUAGUGCUUUGAAAUUUCAUUAGUAUCUAGAGUUGAAUUGAGUGGUCCCAAAACCAUGGCAACCACGAUCAAACGAAAAGACAGAGUGUCUCGUAUCACAACAGCUUGCAAUCCCUGCCGGUCGCGCAAGCAAAAGUGCAGCGGUGAGAGACCAACUUGUGAACAGUGUAUUGAAUACCGACGCGAAUGUGCUUGGCCGGAGCAAUUAAAGCGUGGCCCAGCCAAAGGUUAUACUGAGGCCCUGGAAAACCGCCUCCUUGAGACUGAAAAUGUUUUGUUAACGAUACUUUCUAAUUUAUCGCAACCUCAACUAUAUUCAAUACUAUCCGAAAAUAUAUCUAGAAGAGAUAGCAAGAACCAAGGGAAACGAGCCAUUCACAUACCAUCACCCUCUUCUCAUAAACGUGGAGUGGAUUAUUGGAAAUCAUUCCCAUUGAGCAGUGCCGAAGAUAUCCGAAGAUGGGAGAAAGACUGUCAUUGUGUACGAAGAAGUUCAGUUGUUAGCGAACACGACGCAGAUACCAUAGCCUCGACGAGGUCCCUCAGGAGAAAAACGGCGGAAACAACAAGAGACGAUGUUGAAUCUGCUUUCGAAGCUAGCCCUACUACUAUAACUUCGCAUGAAAACAUUAACCCAGAUAUCACACUUGAUGCAAUGUAUGGACAGACAGUUCACCGCCAGCAUCAUCCCGCUACAGGCGACUCCCAGGACAGGGCGACGUCGGAUCAAUUCAUUUCACAACCAACGAGAAUUAGCCCACACGACGAUUAUAGCCCUUCUCCCCGACUCGAUCAACCUAAGGAUCAAGUCAACACAUCACAGGAACGUCAGCAGUUAAGUACAUGGGAAGCAGCGCCAUCGAUAGACUUUCAAAGGCAGUUUCUUUGGUAG